AUGGCUUCACCUUCACCCUCGUCAGUUCCGUCCAAAAUCCGCAUAUCCAAGGUUGCUGGACGGUACCUGCUCUUCGACCUUGACGAUGUGAUGCGUCUGCGGAGGACUCACAGCAUGUGCUCUGUUCUCGUCGGCACCAAUCCACAGGCGCCUAAUCAGAACAUGUUCACCGGCUUGCCCCUCGAGCUCCUUGAGGAGGAAGCCCGUCUACUUGUCGACCGUCAAGAUGCGUAUAUUGUUGAUGAUGCACGUACCCAUCUCGAGUAUCUGUCAGCUCUACCUGAGAAGAAACGCCGAGCCUAUAUUGAGGCUCACAUGGCCCGUCUUGGCGAGGCACGCGGAAGCCUCGAAGUUGAGAUGUCUGCCCGCGCCAAAGCUGUAAAAGAGGCCAGAGAAUCUGGAGCUCUGGCCGGCAAGGGCAAAAAAGGGAAGCGACGCACUGAGCCUAAGGAUAAACAAGUGCCUGAAGACUCGACUUGUGCAUCACCCCCAGCUCCACCUGUGGCCGAUCAAUCUUCAGUUGCUGCAGAUUCUGUCCCUGACGUCUCCCUGUUUUCAAGUCCUCCACCCGAAAAGCCAUCGGUGUCCAAAUCCGUCAGUAGAGGAGCGUCAGCCGGUGAUGCCGUGUCGGUGGGUAGAAUUCAUCUCACGCCAGGGACUAGCAAGGACCUCUUGCCAAGUGGCUACGUAUCAGCGUCGGACAGCUCCAAGAGCUCGGUUGACCAGGUUGACGCUGCCCUCACCCACUCAUCGCCAAGCGCCUGUCCUCUUUACAACUACUUGAACAGUCAGGGAUACUUUAUGACUCCUGGGAUCCGCUUCGGCGGUCAGUACAGCGUAUACCCUGGGGAUCCUUUCCGUUUCCACGCACAUUUCAUCGCGAACAGCUACAAAUGGGACCAGGGGAUUGAUAUGCUGGAAUUAGUUGGUGUCGGUCGUCUUGCUGGAGCUGUGAAGAAGGGUCUCCUGCUAGGCGGCGAGAAACCUGGACCAGGCGCAGGCGAGCCGGACGGGAGGAACGUUCGCGCUUUUUGUGUAGAGUGGGCCGCAAUGUGA